AUGGAUACCAACUUUGUAAAUGAACAUUAACUCUGUUACCAAUCAGAUUGAGGUGUUUACGAUAUGCAGAUUUGUAAUGUUUGCAAUCAAAGCAUAAAGGAGAAGAAAAUGUCUCAGCUGUAAUUGUCAUUUGAAGAAAACUUGUUAUGUCACGUUGUAUGUGUUAAAUUGAAUGAUAUAAGAAAAUUAGGGUGAGCAAAUGAUAUCAGCGACGUUGAUGAGAAGUACAGAAGGAACUAAAAAAAACGUCAUUUGAUAGUUCAUUAUGAACAGUUUUUUCCUUCUCGAGUUUCUUUGGUCUUGCUCAAUACAAUUCUAAAAAGUUUCGUCUGUUUCUUGGCGGCUUUAAAUUCGAUGUUGACUAUGGAAGGAGGCCCUACGCCGAAGAAAGCACGAGUAAAACAAGAAUUCGAGACCAGGGUCAUCACAUCUUUACCAGACGCCGUACAAAUUCAUUUUGAAGAAGAACAUGAGACUGAUCAUUCCCCAGGAACUGAGUGUGGUGAUAGUUCCAGUGAUCAAUAUGAGCCUAUUGAAGUGCCUAUUGAAUAUUCUGAAGAGACAUUCCCUGUUAAUUUUAUUGAAGAUAAAUUAAAGACAGAGGCACUAAAAAACUCAAACACACAAUUUAUUUUGUGCCAGCCAAAUGAGUCUUUAGAAACUGUUAAAUAUUCAUGGACUCACUCAAUGACAUACAUCUUGAUUGAAGAAUACAGGAAGUUAAUGUCUGAUUUUCAAGAUCCUCACAAGAAACAAAAAGAUUCAUGGGUGAAACUUGCUGAAAACAUGUGUCGCCGGGGAUGUGAUGUUACUUGGGUCAUGUGUGAUCAAAAAUGGCGUAAUUUGAAACAUACAUUUAAAUCUAUUUAUUACAAUAAACAUCGUUCAGAGAAGAGUAAAAGACGAUGGGAUUUUUAUCAAGUUUUAGAAGAUGUAUUCAAACCUCAAUUGGAAGCUGAAGAUUUGAAGAAAACCACUGUUGUUUCUCCUCGAUUUCCAACUGAUGAUAUUGCAUCAAAGUCUGAAUCUGUUAGUGGUAAAGACCAUAAAGUUAGUGUUGAUGCUGUUAGCUAUCAGUUGCCAGUUGAUUACCAUUCUUCAAAUACUUAUGAUGUGUAUGAAGCAGAACCUCAAAAUGAAGGAAGUCAGCCUGAAGACCGAAAUAAUGUAAAAGACUCUCUACCUCCUAUAUGGUUUCAAGAAUUUUUGAAAGAGUAUCGUGAAACAGAAGACCAACGACUUGCUUUGGUUCGUGAGAUGCACAAUGAUUUACUUCAGAUAGAAAGACGAAAAGUUGCUGCUUUGGAAGGAUUACUGAUGAAAUUCUUUGAGUAAAGAAAAAAAUAGCCAGUUGUGUAUUCACCUUCCUUUGUACAUACAAAAUCUACCAUUAGCAUUAUUGAAUAUCAUUUGUCAAAGGUCAUUUGUUUUCACAAAGUAGAUUACCAGAAUCCAAUACAACAAGCAUUCUUGUUUUUAGUUGGAAUUAGAUUUUAUUAUGUUUAACAUUGUAACAAUCUGGAAAUAUUAUUUCCACCAAAUUUUUAUUUUCUGUUACUGGUACUUUUUGUAUAAUUAUCAUGUGUUACUUUCAAAAUACAAUAUUAAUUGACAAUGCACAUUUGUUUUCUUUGUCUACAUUUUUCUCUUUAUUGACAAUGAAAUCCUGUUAAGCAUGUUAUUUUAUAUUUCAGAUCCUUGGACACCUUUUAAAAUUUUUAAAUCUAGGAUUUCCAUGUAAUUGAUCAAGAAGUAAUUUAAGGUGAAUUUAUUCCUUUGUUAAACAUUUCUGGAACGAAAUGCAGUUAGUUUUAUUUAUAGUAAUUUGUACUGUUAAUUUUAUAAAAAGUGAUUGAAUAUGUAUACACUCUUACUGAAACAAUUAGAUUAAUAAUAAAGCUUUGUCAUUGCCAAGAUAUUACUUCAGAAUUCUGUCUAGACCCAUAUAUUUGUAAUGAACAUUUUGCUAAUAUAUAAAACUAACUUAUCAAUAACGUAAAGUAAAAAGUUCAUUUGUGCUUUGCAAUUUCGUAGUAAAAUUAAAUUUUUGUUUUCCUUAAUGUCCAUUAUUAUUCAUAGAAAGUUACUUGAAAAAGUAUCAAUUAAAAUGCUUGCUUAAAUUUUUGUUUAAUUACAAAAUUAGGUUUGAUCAUUGUCAAUAUGAUGAAUCAAGCCACAAUUCAUGAAAAUAAUAGAAAGGAAGCCUUUGUUUUAAUGUACUCAUAAGUGCUUUGAAACCAUAAAAGGAAAUAUUUUUUUAUAAUUCUUCCAGUAUCAUUUUAUUUAUCCAUUUAUCAUUCUUCCAAUACCCUAAAGAACCUGUUUCAAAUGGUGCAAAUCAAUUUGCCUUAGCAAGAGG